AGAGGAAGGAGAAUACACAACUGAGUAUCUCGCGUUUCAAGAGUAUUUUAACUCUGUUUUAGAAAUUCCCAUGCCCCUCCAACCAGACCAUCCAGAGAGGACUUCAUAUAAGUCAGUGACAUUGUUACACUUCAUGUCACUGUGGGACAUCCUGCCCUACCUGGACCUGCCAGUCAAGUCUACCAAGCCGAUUUCCAUGGAGAUGCUGCCCGUGAACGAGGGAAGUGGCCAGUCCUAUGGGUACACCCUGUAUGAGACGUACGUCUCCAAAGAAGGCAUCCUCUACGCCAAGGGUCACAUUCAGGAUCGCGCCCAGGUGUUUUUGAACGGGCAGUUUAUGGGAAUCCUGGAUCACUCCACUGAUCAUCUUUCUAUUAAGAAAAAUGCCUUCCAGACCCAGCACUCUCUGAGGAUCCUGGUGGAGAAUCAAGGCCGACUUGCCUACGGGGAAGACAUGAACAAACAGAGGAAAGGUUUAACUGGGGAUAUCUAUCUGAACAAUUCUCCACUAAGAAAAUUUGUAAUCUACAGCCUGGAUAUGAAACCGAGGUUUAUACGAAGGUCCCUUCCCAACAUGUGGAAACCAGUCUCAAACCGAGUCCAGGGCCCUGCCUUCUUCCUCGGCAUCCUGAAAGUUGGGGAGCCGAAAGACACCUUCGUAAAGCUGGAGGGCUGGACAAAAGGGGUUGUAUUUGUCAAUGGAGAAAACCUAGGACGCUACUGGAAAUUAGGUCCCCAGGAGACCCUUUACCUUCCAGGACCAUGGCUUCAUUCUGGGACAAAUGAGAUUGUCGUGUUUGAGGAGAUGGAAGCUGGUCUAGGGAUCAAGUUCUUAAAGUACCCUCAUCUAGGAUACUGAUCUCACCUGGUGUGACAUCACGUAGGAAACAGGCUGAGCUGAGUCAUUUCAGCAGUGGUACCAUGAGCAGCUGUCAGUCCUGGUCAUGGAACCGCCCUGGCUUCUUCAUUGGUGCCGAGCCCUGCUGGGUCUGCCAUCCACCCCCUAACCUGCCUGUGCCUUCCUCUUGUGGCUUCAGUUGGCUGACCUGUCUCUGAUGUUUACAAGAUACCCAAUGCACACCUUUGUCAUAUCGCAGCAAAAGCUGUUUGACCCUUGAAUCAAAUAUUGAGGCAAAAAAUGAGAAGAUACUCAACAUAUCUGGUCUCACAAAUGUGAAUCUGAAGCACAAGUGAUCUUCCCAAGAGAGCAAAUAAAAUAUAAGGUUCA